GAGGGUGACAAGCACAAUUUGCAGCAAAUAGAUUUGGAAACAUGGUGGUUCCUGGCGCCACGCGCUACUUGUCCCGCAUCGAGAGCCAACCGCGCACCUACAGUAAGAACUUGAAGGCGCCAGCAGGCACUGAAUCCAUCGGGUAUGCGGUGAAUGAGUCUGCCCAGCACAUUGAUUACUUCGAACGAGUUGGCCUCUUCAGCAAAAGCUUCAACCAGAGCGUAUGGUUCUCGUUCGGUGCCAUGCGAUGGCUUCUGCUGGUGGCCAUUGGGCUGGGUGCUGGGCUCGUCGCUGUAUGCGUGGAGCUGGCACUGCAUUACCUGACCGAGGAGAAGAUCAAGCUCAUCGACUGGGUGGGCGAAAACACGGAUUCAAUUGGUCUGCAAUAUUUGUUUGAUGUCAGCUUUUGCCUUUGUUCAGCUGCCAUCGCCGGCAUCCUCGUUUGCUUUGUGGAGGUUUUAGCGGCAGGCAGUGGCAUCCCUGAGAUCAAAUGCUUUUUGAAUGGCAUCCACUUGCCGAAGCUCGUGACGAAGAAGACGCUUUUUGCCAAAGCGGCCGGCAUCGUUUUCUCAGUCACUGCAGGGCUGCCUUGUGGCAAGGAGGGCCCCAUGAUUCACAGCGGCGCCAUCGUAGGAGCUAUGGUAGCAUACUUGAACCUGGAGCGCCGGCUGCGACCCAUGAAUUUGGAUGUCGAGAUGCGUGACUUCGUGGCUGCGGGUGCUGCUGCCGGCGUCUCUGCGGCCUUCGGUGCGCCCAUUGGAGCCGUCCUGUUUGCCGUGGAGGAGGGCGCCUCCCACAUGACACCGAGGAUCCUCACGCAACUCUUCGUGUCCAGCUCGGUUGCCACGCUGGUGACACGCCUCACCCUCGGCCCGAUCCUGGAGCACCGCCCCAUUUUCUUGUUGGGCACCGGUGUGCCAGUAAGUUUUGGCCGCUUCAAAGACGAAAUCCAGUACAAUUUCAUAGAGAUGGUCAUUUUUGUCAUCAUGGGGGUGUGCGCUGGCUUGCUGGGGGCUUUGUUCAACCACUUCAACGGCCGCCUUUCCAAGUGGCGGAAGCGACAUAUUGGUCCAACUGGUUGCAAGCGUUUCAUUGAGGUGCUUCUGGUGACUUUUGCCAUCGUUAGCCUGAAGUUCUGGGUGCCCACCCUCUGGAAAUUCGCCGGGGAAGGCGCUUACCAGAUCCAGUUCGAAGAACUCACUCACACACAGCAGCUGUGGUUUGAAAGCGGGCAGAUGUCCCUCAGCGACUUGUUCCACAAGGACACGGGCUUUGAGGACAUCGGACUUCUCUUUUUCUUCGGUUUGUUCAACCUGGCCAUCGCCUGCUGGACGUUCGGCUUGGGCGUCCCAUCAGGGCUGUUCGUGCCCUCUCUGUUGACUGGCGCAGUCUUGGGGCGCUGUGUGGGCGAGCUCUUGCGGCUAGCGCCGCACUGGGUUCUAGUGCACUGGGCGCAUCCUGGAAUUUAUGCCCUGGUCGGAGCCUGCGGAAUGCUGGCCGGAGUGGGCAGGAUCACCAUAUCUUUGGCCAUGAUCCUGACGGAGGCCACUGGCACUGGCGUCUUUGGUCUUCCCAUCUUCACGGUUGUGGUCAUUGCUACGUGGGUAGGCAAUUAUUUCAAUCGCGGCAUCUACGACCUGCACAUUAUUGAGCUGAAGCAAAUCCCACUGCUUGAGCAUACUCCUGCAGAUGUUAUGGUCCGCUACAGCGUCAGGGAUGUCAUGGCGACUGAGGUGGUGGCCCUUGAUUCUUGGGAGAAGGUGGGCAAUUUGCUGCAAAUACUGGACUCCUGCGGUCACAACGGCUUCCCUGUGCUGCAGAGUGGCACCAAGAAGUUGGAGGGCCUGAUCGGGCGGAGUUUUCUGCACCUCCUUUUGUCUAGAGGUCGGUACUAUGGGCUGUUCACUCCGGAGCCAGAGCAUGGGGGGACGGGCUCCAUCUUGCCGUUUGAGGCAAUUGCGUGGCCCAACAUCAACCAGUAUCCCGACCUUCCGGAGCUGCAGAAACGAAUCUCCAAGGAAGACUUGGAGAUGUAUAUCGACCUGCGGCCGUACGUGACCACCAGCUACACCAUCACGCCGAACGCCUCCAUGGCGAGCGCCUUCACCCUGCUCCGGCAGCUGGGCUUGCGGCACCUGCCGGUGCUGGAGAGCAAUGGCGACCUCUGCGGAAUCCUCACCAGAAAGGACUUGAUCCUGAUGGAGGAGGAUGAGGAGACAGGUGAGAUGGUGCAGAGAUCGCGGCCGCCUGCCCGGGUUGACACCCUCUGGUCCUGGUCCUUGAACUUCAGGAAGGCUGAGAUCAUGGAAUCCGAUUCAGCGGAGGACACCGCCGGCAGCGAGAUGACCGAAGAAGUGCGCACCGGGGCUCAGACAAGCGAUGACGAGAAUUGCUGCGCAGAAGGCGAAUCUGGCCCUAUUGGUGGCUCUUCUGGAACUGGCGGCAUGGGUGGCAUUGGUGCCUAAGAUGCGGCCACCCGCCAAAGCGUCGGGAGAAUUUUAAGGAUUCACUUUUCGAGCAUCUUUUUCCCAUUCUUGGCUUCUAGACAAUCUGGACUGCCAGAACCUCUCUCACGGGACAAAGUCGACAUGAUUGAGCAGGUCUCAGGGUGCACAGAUUUUGGAGCCGUGGGCCAGUUCCCGUUGCACCAGCAGCGAUGAUUUGCUCGUGCUGUUUCUGCUUGUUUUCUGUCCUCCCUGCGUUUGGCACAUGUUGGCACUUUUUUCAAGCCAGUUUUUGCCAUGGGUGGGGAGGAUCUAUGAGAAAUAGAUAGCCUAUAAUUCGUAACCAAUUGCAAUUCAAUGGGCAAGAUCAAAACGAUGUAUCGUUGUGGCAAGACGCUGCGCAGAGGUGGUAGGGCUGGCCUAGGCCCAGCUGCUGUUUUCAGGCUGUCACUCUUAGUUUGCAGCUUGCGCGUUUAUAUCCUUUGCGGCGUGUUCUUGGUUUGACCACGCUUCAGCCUGAAAGCCAAGCUGCUUUGGCAACUGGAGAUAAGCUUGUAAAAUUCGCAUCUUUUUCCAUGCUUGGCAAGGCGGCGCUCCAGGCAGGGCUUCAGACAUGCACUGGCAUGUGUGCCCUGGCGAAGUUUAAGCACGGGUCUGACAUAGGACCGCCUGCGGCCAUAUUUUUGGCAAGAAUUGGCGCCUCAAAACGAGUACCGUUGCAAGAGCUCAACCAGCAA